AUGUCGGAUAAGAACACCAAGGGUCCCAGAAAGCGCCUUGUCAUCUGCUGCGAUGGAAGUUGGCAAGUGGCAGACAGGCACUACGACAACUCAACAACGCUGUCCAACGUUGGGAAACUCAGUCGCAUGAUUCACCCCGAGUCGGAGGACUCCGGAGGAAUCCCACAGGUUGUAUACUACCAGUCUGGUGUCGGCACCACGAGUCACAGCAUUGUCGACUAUGUCGUAUCGGGCAGCUUCGGUGCAGGCCUUGAGGACAAUGUCCUGACAGCGUAUCACUAUCUCUCGACCAACUACCACCACGCAGACAAGAACCAUGCCGCGGAUGAGAUCUUUCUGUUUGGGUUCUCCCGGGGCGCUUUCACGGCGCGUGCUUUGGCUGGGCUUGUGACUGAGCUAGGAUUGAUCAGACCAGCUUACCUGGAAGAGUUCAGGCGUGCCUAUCAACUCUACCGGAAAAUCGGCAACAUGGCCGGAGAGCGCAACCUCGGAAACAUCAAAUUCAUUGACAAGGUGAAAGCACUGAAGCCCUUGCUGAAACAAGAUGACUAUCAGUUCAUCUACCGCCUCCACCACGACGCCAACGAGACAAUGGGCCCGGACAGUAAGAUGUUCCCGAAGGUGACAAUCAAGGUGGUCGGGGUAUGGGACACGGUGGGUGCACUAGGCAUCCCAGAAAGCAUGUUGUCCAGAGCAAUCCCUUGGUUCAACGGCCACUUCAAGUUUCACGACGCCGCGCUAAACUCCAGAGUCGAGAAUGCCUUCCAGGCUCUUGCUCUCGAUGAGCAUCGCGGCGCAUUCACACCAACGCUGUGGUACCUCGACGAAAAGUUCAUGGACGGAAAUAAGACCCCCAACCUCAAACAAUGCUGGUUUCCGGGCUUCCACGAAUCCAUCGGCGGCGGCGACACGCAGCUCAAUCACAUGAUCACGAAGCUGCUCCCAGACUCGGAGAUGCACGACAUCACACUCGCGUGGAUGUGCGACCAGGUCGAUGGCCUCCUCCACUUCAACAAGGAUGCGUGCAACAAGAUCCUCCUCCUCAACGAGAGCAGCGGCGCCGACACUGAUCGCGUCAACUGGGCCACGGCCUUCGAACUCGACAUGAUGACCCUCGUGCAGACCUUCCGCCUGGACGUCAUGGGCGGCAGCCGCACGCGCACCCCCGGCAUGUACGACCUCAGCGACGUGCAGUGGGCAUCGUCUCGCACGAACGAAACCCUCCACCCCUCGGUCCGCUACCGCGCCGAAGCCACCGCCCGCUCCUGGUUCCCGUACGACCCGCCCGCCCUCGGCGGCCGCCGGGGCUGGAACCUGCCCAGCCUCCUCCCGCAGAUCGGCGUGCCCCGCUGGAGCUGGGAGGAGAGCGCCGACGGCAACGGGGCCGUCUGGGUCCGUCCGGCCGUGCCGGCGCUCUGGCCGCUGCACGCCCGCGCGGAGCCGAAGAGGGAGCUGAGCGAGUGGGUCAUCAGAGAGGUGCACGGGCGCACCAACUUCGAGGCCCGCCUCCUGCCGCCCAGGCUCAAGCAGAGGUUCACGAAGCGGAACGCGAAGCUGAUCGAGGAGGCGGCGGCGCACGGGCCCGGCGGCGUCGACGGCAAACGAGAUGGCGAUGUGCGCACGCAGUUUUGGACUCGGACGACGUGGGGAGGGGGACGCGAGGGCGUCAAAGAUAAGGUCGGCGGGCGGCUGGGGCCGAAGUGGAUGGUCGAGUCGCUCAUGGCGGCGGCGACGAAGGGCGUGGGCGAGAGGGAGAAGGAGCCGCUGGGAGAGGUGGUCAUGCAUGCGGGCGUGAAGGAGGCGAUCAAGCACGGGCAUGUCGUCGAUGCUGCUGGGGUGGGGGCCAAUGGCGGUGGGUAUGGUGGGGGUGGGAGGGAGGAACAUGGUGGGUAUGCGGAGGACCAGCAUGUUGGGAAGGGUGGGAAGAAGAAUAAGGGCGGGAAGAAGGAUGUUAAUGUGCACCCGGCCGAUAGAUUGGAGGAUCAGGCGCUGGAGCAGAUGAUGAAUGGUGGGGAGGUUAAGGCUUUUUGA